UCCGUUUAGAAGCCGGAUGUUGAUAUGGCCUACACCCAGAGGAUGGGGCCUUGCGGCGCGCCGGAAACUUGGGGAUUUUCUAUUGGUUCAAUGGCGGUAGGCGUGGAGUGGGGGAAAAGAGCCUCAGCUAGGAAGCUUUUCCCCGCCCCUCAGGACACCAACCAAUGAGCGGUGAAGUCCGGCUCUGGCGGGAAACGGGAAGCUCUCAGCUGAGAGGAAUUGGCGCGAGCUGCGGAAAGAGCCGGCGAGCUGUGUGGCGGGAGUAGCUGAUUCUUCCGUGAGGAGAGCCUUGAGUGAAUUGCCACCAUGCCCAGCACCAGAUCCCAAUCGCAGGCCACUAUUGACUUUCCCAAGAAGAAAAUGUGCAAGACCUCCAGCAGAGGAAAAAUCCGGGGAGAUAUCCGUUCGCCGAAUGGGCCGACCCCCACCAAGGACUUUGCAGCAGUUUCCACAAUUCAGCUGAAGUUUUCCUUAAGUGUCUGCAAAACUGCCCGAAGGGAUUUUAGAGGAGAUGACAACUUAUGCAACACUCCCCAUCUGCUCACCUGUUCACCUUCAAAACGGAGUAAGAAAGAGAAUGGUCCUGUUCUUCCACUUGCCCCAAAGAAGCGUGGACUAGUAUUUGACAAUCAGCUGAAAAGUAGUUCUCCUAGCAAAAGUGACCCAGUAGUCAAGGAACUCUCCCCAGUUCAAAAAGGUCAAGGGACAUCAAGGAAUUCUAAACACAGUUGCCCAGUAGAGAAAGAAUCUGUGUGUGUUGGGCUAUUCAAGCAAGAAGGCACUUGUUACCAACAAGCAAAGCUGGUCCUGAAUACAGCUGUCCCAGAUAGGCUGCCUGCCAGGGAGAAAGAGAUGGAUGUCAUCAGGCAUUUCCUAAAGGAACACAUCAGUGGGAAAAAAGCUGGGAGCCUUUAUGUUUCUGGUGCUCCUGGAACUGGCAAAACAGCAUGCUUAAGCCGGAUUCUGCAGGAUGUCAAGGAAGAGCUGAAAGACAUUAAAAUUGUAAUGCUAAAUUGCAUGUCCUUGAGGACCUCCCAGGCUGUAUUCCCAGCUAUUGCUCAGGAGAUCUGUCAGGAAAGAGUAUCCAAGUCAUCUGGGAAGGACUUGAUGAGGAAAUUGGAAAAGCAUAUGACUUCAGAGAAUACCUCCAUGAUCUUAUUGGUGUUGGAUGAGAUGGAUCAGUUGGACAGCAAAGGACAGGAUGUGUUGUACACACUGUUUGAAUGGCCUUGGCUGAAGAAUUCCCGACUGGUGUUGAUUGGUAUUGCUAAUUCUUUGGAUCUUACUGAUAGAAUCCUGCCUAGACUUCAAGCUAAAGCAAAGUGCAGGCCACAGCUGGUGAAUUUCCCACCUUACACAAAAGAACAGAUAGCUACCAUCUUAGAGGAUCGACUUAAGCAGGUAUCCAGUGAUCAGGUCCUGGACAAUGCUGCAAUUCAGUUCUGUGCUAGAAAAAUCUCUGCUGUGUCAGGAGAUGCUCGCAAAGCACUAGAUGUUUGCAGGAGAGCUGUUGAAAUUGUAGAGUCAGAUGUCAGAAACCAGACUGUCCUCAAACCACUGUCUGAAUGUAAAUCUUCGAAGUCAUCAUCCCAGUCUCCAGUUCCCAAGCGAGUUGGUCUUAUUCAUAUAUCCCAGGUCAUCUCAGCUACUUAUGGCAGCAGAAUGGUCUUGAGCCAAGAAGGAGCUCAGGAUUCCUUUCCUCUUCAACAGAAGAUUCUGGUUUGUUCUCUGUUGCUCUUGACCAGACAGCUGAAAGCCAAAGAGGUCACCUUGGGGAAGUUAUACGAAGCCUAUAGCAAAGUCUGUCGAAAACAGCAGGUGGCAGCAGUGGACCAAUCAGAGUGUUUGUCACUUUCAGGACUUUUGGAGACCAGGGGCAUUUUAGGAUUAAAGAAAAGCAAAGAAACCCGACUCACAAAGGUGUUUCUGAAGAUUGAAGAAAAGGAGAUGGAACAUGCACUGAAGGACAGAAUUUUAAUUGGGACCAUUUUAGCUAAUGGAUUGCCUUAAAUCCUUCUGGUCUUUUACUUUGGGUGUCUCACCUCACAAGGACCUCACAACUGUGGUGAUGCACUCUAUCCUCUAGUCCAAGAAAAGUGACCUGUUUUUACUUGAACUAAAUUAAUUUAUAUUCAUAAGAGAUGUGCAGUCGGGACUGUAGAACAAACAUCUUUUAAGUUCUUUUAUUUUGAUUCAUCAAAGUUAAAAAGAAAACAAGCAUGUGACUGAGAGGUACUAUCUCAGCUCUUGUGUAUCUUUAUCCCACUUAUCUUACAAAGUAAAGAUUCAUCAAACACCUGAAGGUCUGUAUGAGAACUGUGGGGACUGGUAUGACCAGAACAACAGAAGUUCAUCCAGAAAGCCUACAUGUUCAUGUUGAAUUGGAGGAAGCAUUGGUCAAAGCCUCUCGUUCUUUUUGAAGUGCUGCUUUGUUCACAUUUUAUGGAGAUUGUCAUUCUUUGUGCCAUUUAAGACCCAUUCAUAUUGUUGGGCAGUUCCAAGGUUGAGAGAAAGAAUGUUUAAACUCUGUAUUAUAGGGACAUAUUUAUUUAUUGAGUUGUAUAAUUUUAGUUGUGUGGUGUUUUUUGUUUUUAAGCAGUUGUAUGUCUAAUAUUCAAGUUUCUUGGAUUGAUAGCUGAAUAUCCUACUAUUCAAUCCCUCUCUCAGACAUCAAAAGCUACUUGCUUUAUUCCAGCUUAAUGUGAAUUUAUAUUUCACUUUAAGCUAUCUCUUUUUCCUCUCACUUGAAAUCCUUCCCUAUGGUUAUUUAAUGUUUGUUUCUUCCUUCUUUUAAGUUUGGUUUUCAAUCAACUACUAAAACUUCUAAGCCAAAGUAUCAUCUGUACACCAGAGGGCGCCAUAAUAACACUGUUGGGGCUUGAAAGGUGGGCUUUUGAGAGUAAAUGUGUCCUAGAAGUUUGUUUUGUUCAGCUGAGAUUUUAAAAUGUUCCUGUAUUUCAAGCAAAUGUUUUAAAUAGAGUGUGUGUGUGUGGGGGGGGGGGGGGGGGGAAGGCAAGUAUCAAUUGAUUCAAGAUAGGACUGCAUCUAAAGUGUUUAUUCCUACUUGGGCAAUACCUGGGUACUCCUGCUGUGUCUCCUACUUUCUUCUUGACACAGAGAAUCUAGGCUGGGAACUUGAUAUAGGUACAAAUGAUCUGUUGGCCUCUGUUUCAUUCAUCCUGCCUGCUCUAAACCUGCAAUGUGAUCUGUGUUACAGCAGGUGGUAUGGGAUGGAAGAAGAACAGAGAGAGAGAGCCCUCUGUGAAAUGAACACUAUAUUCAUGGCAUGUGUUGUGAAAUAAAGACUACAUCCAAA